AAGGGCGAGUGUUGUUAUGCGUCAGCUGAUGUCCAGAGUACAACCCAGCUGAUAACUGUAGAUACCGUAAUUCCAGCUGAUAGAUCUCUGUGAGGCUGACAUCAUGGCAUUAUCAGCAUCACUUCUCAUUCGGCAGGGGCUGAGGAGUGGUUGGAGUGGAUACAUACGAUCGUGUGCAUCCAGUUACACAAUGGUCGCUCCAUCGAGAUCCCUUCACGAUCAUCAGGGGUCACUGCCUCGCCUUCCUGUGCCCCCUCUUGAAGAGACGCUGAAUAAGUAUCUCAAAACAGUGAAACCGUUAGUAACUGAGGAAGAAUUCCAGUUAACAGAGGAAAUUGUUAAAAAGUUUGCUGCUCCAGGAGGUAUUGGUCAACAAUUACAAGAAAAAUUACAGCAAAGAGCAAAGAAAUCUGACAACUGGCUUAGUGAAUGGUGGAUCAACGCUGCAUACUUGGACUACCGCUGGCCUGUGGUGGUAUGGUCCUCUCCAGGCCUGGUUUUCCCAUUACAAGAAUUCAGAACCCUGGAUGACCAGCUAAGCUAUGCUGCAAAAGUUAUUGUUGGAGCUCUUGAUUAUAAGAAAAUGUUGGAUGACAAAACUGUGCCCAUUGAUCACAUGGGCAAAGACCUCUUAGACAUGUCCCAGUACUUCAAGAUGUUGGGAACAUGCCGUAUCCCAGGAGUAACACGGGAUUCCAUUGUAUAUCAUGGGCAAUCUGAAAAUGCUCCCAAACAUAUUGUUGUAGCACAUAACAAUCAUUUCUUCAAGAUUGAUGUAUAUGGAAAGGAAGGAAAACCCCUGACUAUCAAUCAGGUGUUGCAUCAGUUACGAAAUGUGGUUGAACGCUCUACCCAUCCAACCAAUCCAGUUGGUAUCCUCAGUACACAGAAUCGAAAUGUAUGGGGGAAGGCUUAUAAAAAACUUAGAAAGGAUAAAUUGAACAAGGCAUCCAUUGAAGAAAUUCAGAGAUCAAUCUUCCUAGUAGCUUUAGAUGGACCUAUUGUCAAUCCAACUGGAAAUGAGAUGACUGAUGCAGCAUUACUCUGUGUUCAUGGCAAUGGUUCACAGGGUUAUGCUGGCAACAGAUGGUAUGAUAAGACUAUUCAGUUUAUCAUUGGGAAGAAAGGAGCAGUAGGACUAACAUAUGAACAUACACCAGCAGAAGGUCCACCAAUUGCCAACUUAAUGGAUCAUAUUAUGAACUUCAUAAGCACUGGAAACUUCCAGAAAGAGGACAGCAGCAUGAAAGAGAGGAAACUCCCAGCAAUUGAACUUGACAGACCUCAGCGCUUGAUGUUUAACAUUAGUGAUGACAUCAAGCAAGAAAUAGAAGAUGCAAAGUGUGCUCUUGACAGCCUUGUAGAAGACUUGGAAAUGACUUGUUUCCUCUUCACUGGUUUUGGAACUACUUUCAUUAAGUCACAAAGGCUUAGUCCAGACAGUUUUCUACAGAUGGCUAUUCAGUUAGCCUUCUACAGAAUCCACAAAGAACCAGGGGCUCACUAUGAGUCUGCAUCAACCAGGAAGUACCUCCAUGGUCGCACAGAAACAAUCCGUUCUUGCUCAACAGAGUCAAUAGAAUUUGCCAAGACAAUGUUGGAUGAGAAUGCCUCUGCUGAUGAGAAGGUCUCUUCUUUACGAAAGGCUGUUGAAGGACACAAAAAUUAUGCGAAGGAUGCUGUCCGCGGAUAUGGUGUUGACCGUCACCUCCUUGGCUUGAAGCUUUGUGCAAUUGAGGCGGGCAUGGAUGUGCCCACUCUAUUUAUGGAUGUUGGUUAUAUCAGAAGCUCCCACAUGCGUCUGUCCACCAGUCAGGUCCCAGCACGCUGUGAAGCCUUCAUGUGCUUUGGUCCACUUGUACCUGAUGGCUACGGCUGUUGCUACAAUCCACGUCCAGAUUCAGUUGUAUUUGGAACAUCUGCAUUCAACUCUUCUCCAGAAACAGAUUCGGCAACUUUCCGUGCAGCUUUGGAGGAAAGUUUAAUGGAUAUGCAUGAUGUACUACUGAAGAGUGGACUGAAAGCAAAACUCUAGUGAGCAAAUACCAUUAAAUGAUAUAGUUCUCUUACAUUACAUUGUUCAACAAUCUGAAGAAAAACUUAUACUAAAUAUUUUAUAAUGUUACUUUGGCCUGGUUAUAAAGUUCUUACACUUAGAUAUUAAAUCUUAUUUGAAAAUCUGUUAUGAAUUCAUACUUAAUGAUGUACAGCAAAAUAGAUUGCUCUUAAAGCUGAGAUUUGGAUUAGAGUAGAGAUUUAUUUGUGUAGAUUAUUUACAGAAAUUAUUUGAAACCAGUGGAGUCUGGAUUUUAAUUAGUUGUAUUUUUAUUUACAUGCAAACUGAAAGAAAGGUAUAAAUUAGUUCUGCUUGUUUUAUCUCAGAAUUAUUGUACAAAACAGUGUAUUAUGAAUAGUUAUUACUUGUAUACUGUGUGAGGUUUCUAGUUACUUCUGUAUCAUCAGUGUAAAACAUGUCUUAAGUUCUUUUACUGUGGUAUGAAGGAUGGACUCAUUGCUGUACACAUUUUAACUCUUUAUUGUAGGAGAAAAUUGUUAUGCCAGUAGUACAUAUAGUUAGUUGUACUUUGUUAAUAUUUGUGUGAUAUACCAGUGAGUUUUUUCAUAUUAAAGUGCAGUUUCCUAAUUUUGUUUACUUAUUUUUAAUGUUAUUAUUGCAGACCUUAUCUUUAAGAAAGUGAGCAACUAUCAGCAUGGUCAUAGCAAAGAAUAUAAUUACUUUUUUUUAUAAUUUUCAAAAUGCACAUAUUUUGUUUUGGGAUAAACCAAUUGAUUUUUUUUCAGAAGUAUAAUUGCUUUAGUUGCAAUUAUCAGUUUAUACAUAUUUUUAUUUGAUAACUGAAAAUGGACCAGGAAGAAAUAGGCACCAAUUCUGUAGAUAAUCAUGACUUUCACAUCCAUCAUAUCCUCUUUGAAUGAAAAACUUUGAGCUUUAUUAUUAUUAUUACUUUUUUUUCGUUUAUUAUUAUUUUUUCCUAACACUGAUUUGGUUGAAUGAGAAUUUGUUUUCAUUUUCUUAUGUAUUAAUUGUUCAUGUUAAGAAAAAGAGCAAAUAAUUGAUAGCAAAGAUAUUUUGGUAUACUCUUUAAGUGUUCCUUUUAAAGGAGAGGUUAUGAAAACCUAGCUGAGCAAAAUAAGUUAUAUUCUUCAUAUAUAUGAUUACCAGAGAUUGAGUUUGUUUAGAAGGAUCAAGGGAAUUUUGAUUGUUUACGAAAAGAAAAUGAAAUGGCUUGCCUACAUUUGGCACAAACCCGUCUUCCAAAAACAAUUUAAUAGUUAAAUAAGCUUUGAAAAGUAAAGAAAUAUAAUAUGAUAGAAAAUAGAGUAUAUAGGAAGAGAAGGCUUUCCAACAAUGUGUACUUUCUAUAAUUUUAUCCAGAUAUGAAAAUCAUAUGUACUUACUAAUAUAUUUUUUUAUUAUUGGUACAUGUAUAUUCUCAAGACACAAUAAGAACUUUAACAUUU